AUGCAGCAGCCCACAGCUGGUGGCAAGAGCACAGCUGUUCCCUCGCUGUUUCCCUCCCAGCCCAGCCUCACUGCUGACUUCUACUAUACACACCGCAUCGUUGAGGAUCCCGAGUGGUCCCUCGUUACUGUCCCCCACCUCACUGAGCUCUGCCUCCAGCACAUCGUUGACAAUUUUGAAAACAACCCUAUUUUGGACCGCCUUCUGCCUGAGCACCAAAGAAAGGUGCUGGACAGGCUCUCCACUAGCCUUCCACUCACUGUGACUGCCAACCUAAUAAGUGAUGAGGACUACUGGAAGAGGUGCUGCACUGAGCGCUGGCAAGUGUGUGACAUCUCCAACUAUGGAGGCAGCUGGAAACGGAUGUUCUUUGAACGUCACCUGGAGAACAUCCUUAAACGUUUCAUCCCUGACACCACAGACCCCAACCAGGUCCUAGAGCUCAUCCCACUCUGCAAAGACUAUGUGCGGAAACUGGAGGUUGAUCAGUUCCUGCCACCAGUGAAGGUGGAUCAAAAGGAGGUGAGGGAUGACCUUUCUGAUACAGGGAGUGACUUUGGACUUGGUGAGGACUCUGUGCAUCACUAUGACCUGGGAGUUCUCACUACUGCUCUCCCUCACCUUGAGGAGCUUCAUCUCAUUUACGGUGUGAAGGACUGCGGCAUGAACUUUGAGUGGAACCUCUUUAACUUCACCUAUCAGGACUGUUGCAACCUGACUAUUGCUGUGAAGAUGUGCCACAACUUGAAAGUUCUCAAGCUAACGCACAGCAAAGUGGAUGAUGACAAGACUGGGCUGCUGGUCCGUAACUUGCUGGAUCACCCCUGCUUGGUGGAGCUGAACUUGUCCCACAAUCUCAUCAGGGACAACGGGGCACAAGCUGUUGGCAAGUUGAUCAACCACAGCAGAUUAGAAAUCCUUGAUCUGUGUAACAACCAGAUCCAUCACCUGGGGGCUCAGGCUCUUGCUCAAGCCCUAGCUGAGAACUCCACCCUCAAGUCCCUGAAUCUGCGCCUCAACUAUGUGGAGGACAAAGGCGGGGAGGCGAUCAGCCGUGCCCUGCUGACCAACACCACCCUGAAGUCCAUCCAUCUGGGAAGUAAUAACCUGUCAGAGCCAACUGCUACGCUUUUCUCCCAGGUCCUGGCUCAGAACACCACCCUGAUGAGUGUCAACUUCUCAUGCAACCACCUGGGGCUGGAUGGUGGGAAGCAGCUCCUUGAUGGGCUGGCAGAUAACAAGACUUUGACCGAGUUUGACCUCCGCCUGACAGAGGUGGGCCAGGAGACCGAGUACCUCAUUCAUCAAAUUGUGUGGGCCAACUGGGAAGCAGCGAGGCUGGCGUCUCUGCAGCACCCCCCUGCCAAACCCCUCUGA